AUGGACAACGAACAGCCCCAUCAGGAGUUGGUGAAAUGUGUGGUUGUCGGAGACACAGCGGUAGGGAAGACCAGAUUGAUAUGUGCACGUGCAUGCAACAAACAUGUGUCACUAUCACAACUAAUGACUACACAUGUACCGACAGUCUGGGCUAUAGACCAGUAUAGGAUUUACAAAGAUGUAUUAGAACGAUCGUGGGAAGUGGUUGAUGGUGUGAAUGUUUCGCUUAGACUGUGGGACACGUUUGGCGAUCACGAAAAGGACAGGAGAUUUGCUUACGGAAGAUCUGACGUCGUUUUAUUAUGUUUCUCUAUAACAAAUCCAAUAUCGCUAAGAAAUUGCGGCGCCAUGUGGUAUCCAGAGAUAAGGCGAUUCUGUCCAAACACGCCGAUCCUGCUUGUCGGUUGUAAGAACGAUCUCCGCUACAUGUACAGAGAUGAGACUUAUUUAAACUAUUGCAAGGAUAGAAGCCCGUUUAUAAGGGCACCCAGGAAAAGCGAUCUGGUUAUGCCAGACCAAGGCAGAGCGUUGGCCCAUGAAUUCGGUAUAUAUUAUUACGAAACCUCAGUUUUCACGUACUACGGUGUUAAUGAAGUAUUCGAAAACGCUAUCAGGGCCGCGCUGAUAGCGAGAAGACAGCAAAGAUUCUGGAUGACGAAUUUGAAGCGAGUUCAACGACCUCUACUACAGGCCCCCUUCAGACCUCCGCGGCCAUUGGAACCGGAAGUUGUGGUCGUUAAUAGUGUGUUCCUCGAAAAUAUGACGACUUUACUACGACAACAGUAUUUCUCCGAUAUGGUAAUCAUAUGUGGCGCUAAGGGAUUCCCCGUACAUCGCUUCGUAAUGGCUGCCGCAUGUGAAGCAUUCCAUAGACUACUCACAACUGAUUGUGUUAGUUUAUCAGCUGAACUAGCUAGAAGCUCAAGUGAAAGCAGUAUGGUUAGCAGUAUGGGCGAGGCUACUACGGGUGAAUUCAAUGAGGACACGGAAUAUUUGAUACGACAAGAUCAAGCUAAACAAAUGAGAGUAUGGGAUCAAAUCAAACGUCGGUCGUCAUGCCAAAUCCUACCUUUGAGUGACAACUGUAAGAAACCCCCGGAUUUAUUCAGAGAGGUCAAUCACCCGGCCAUUAUAUCAAUACGUGUUGUAAAGUGUGACAAAAUCCAACACGCGUCGUCCCAAACACAGACUAUAGUUACAAUGAGCAAACUAAUAUCACAGAACGUAAUGCAAGAGAUCAUAAAUUUCGUAUACACCGGCGUGAUAGACAGCGGGGCUUUCAAACAACAGUCCGCUGCUAUCGGAUUACUACUGGAAAUCCGUCAAGCUGCUGAACUACUUGGCUUCCAUGAAUUGACGAAACUCAGCCAAUUUAUUUUGGAUCAACAUCUGCUGAUGGAUAAGACUUUCAUGCAUCAGUUUCAUACGCCGCUGCCUCAAAGAAUGCGUGAUAUGUGUGUGGAGCAGAAUUUGUUUGCGGACGUGACCUUUGACCUCGACGAUGGAAUUCAUCUGGCUCAUAGGCGAUGCUAA